AAAGAAUCAUAAGUUUCGAUAGUAACUUAGCGAUCCUCGUGCUUACGGAAGCGUCCCAUCUCCAUGACAACCCAAGACAACCAGAAAGGUUUGGGACGGCCUGUGGAAUCACUGAAGCAUAUUGUUGUAUUUAGUGCUUUUGAACUGCAGUUACCACAUCAAGAUUCACCACGAUUCGUUUAUCCACAAAAAGCUCCCGGGAACCGUGUUUUUCAAGCUGUCAUCUCGCCCUACAGGGAUUCAAAGUGUCAGAAAUGGAAAGUCCUCGUGUUGGUGUGGUGAGAGAGUCCAUGCUGCAUCGUCCUCUAUUAAUUAAGCCAGCUCUUGGAAAGACCAAGUCGAGAGGUUUGUCCUAUCCGGGACCUGACUUUGUUUUUGGGACAGCGACCACAGUUCAGGAUGGAGGCGUGCCAGAGGCUAUCUCCAGCUGGCACUCUCACACUAUGUCUACCAGAAACAGGGAGGCUGAGAGGGAUUUUAUCGCCCUUAACCGAGAAGGGGUCAAGUCAGGCUUGGUUACUGCUAAGGAGCUGCACCAGUACCGAGCCACCCACGACAUUCGGCGCCAGCCGUUGACCAGAGAGGGGUUUCGCAGGUCUGCCCCAGCUCGCAUACCACCAGAUGCUUCGUUUGGAAUUACUAACAGAGCAUCCACCCCAAUCUCAGAGCUCAUGGAGUAUAAGUAUGCUCAAAAAUGGCUGGAAGAGCAGCAUGCCAAGGACAAAAUCCUGCAGGCCCAUCGGCAUAAGAAGGCUCAGCUUGGACGUAUACAGGAUACACGAACAACCAUGCUCCGCAAGAGUCGCCCCUUGCCUGAGCCCCCAUCCAUGUGGAAAAUGCCUCGAUUCCAGCAGGUGGGACCAGCUCUGGACACCUUUCGAGAUCCUGAAGCCCGGAAGAAAGCCAUGAGCGCCCACCACUCAGAGUCUGCAAGCAGGAGAGGGAUUCUGGGUCAAGGCACUUACAAGGUGGAUUAACAGAGCUAAAAUUAUUACAUCUCAGCGCCUCUGUGAAUUAGGCUUCUUCUUCAAGUAUUAAUCUUAAUAAAAAAAUGUGAUGUAAUUU